GGGCAGUGGCCUGCAUAGCGUGGGUGCUGGGCAGGGUUAGUCCCCUCUCCUCAGGUCCAGCCCCCAGUCUCUGAGGCAGCCUUUCUCCUUCUUAGCUUGCUCCAUGCCCUGAAUCGGCCCAUAUAGGAAAACAAUCAGGCCCACAUUGUAGAACAGCCCUGCUAUUUACAGGGCAGAGAAUGGGGACAGGCUUGUCCCACGACCUGCAGAGAAGGCUCACCACAGAGCCUUGUCCCACUGCUGAAGGGUGCCUUGUUGUAACAAGAGUGGACCUGGCCGCCUGCAGCACGUCCCCUUCACCCCAUCCCAGACUGUACCCCCAACUCAUGACAGAGGCCCCAUGGUCAAGCCAGACAUCUCAGGCAGGCAGAGGCCUCACAUGAGCAUCCUGAGUGGUCCAGAGGAGUCCUGAGUGCCAAUCCUGCUAGCAGCCAAGGGACACAGUGGCCUGAGCAGGGCUGGAGCCCAGCUGCAGAAAGAGCAAUCUUCCUGAAGACUCCUUUCCGUAAGUGCUAAGAGCGACUGCAGAGACCCACCGUACAGGUCGGAAGGGAGCAGCAGGAGCCUUUGGCAUGUGGUAGUGAAAGUGGCCACCGCUAACCUGACAUGGGGCGGCUCAGGACCCCCACCACUCAUGGGCUCCAGUCUGUGCCGCUGGCCCCAGCCCUGGGGCUCUGAGAAGUCCCUGCUGCCACACCACAGCAGCUUUCUGCCAUCUAUGUGUGUCCACUGUUGAGGACUCGGUGCCCUCUGCCCGUGAGGAUGUGUGCUCCCGUCGGGGGGCUAUUCUUGGCCCUGAUGGUAGUGUUGGGGACAGUGGUGGCAUUUGCACCUGUGCCUCGGAUCACCUGGGAGCAUGGAGAGGUAGGCCUGAUGCAGUUUCAUGAACCGGGCAUCUUUAACUACUCAGCCUUGCUGAUGAGUGAGGACAAAGACACUCUGUACAUGGGCGCCCGGGAAGCUGUCUUUGCAGUGAAUGCGCUGAACGUCUCUAAGAAGCAGCAUGAGGUGUAUUGGAAGGUCUCUGAAGAAAAAAAAGCCAAGUGUGCAGAGAAGGGGAAAUCAAAGCAGACGGAGUGCCUCAACUACAUCCGCGUGCUGCAGCCACUCGGCACCACUGCCCUCUAUGUGUGUGGGACCAACGCGUUCCAGCCCACCUGUGACCACCUGAACUUGACAUCCUUCAAGUUCCUGGGGAAAAGUGAAGAUGGUAAAGGAAGAUGCCCCUUCGACCCUGCCCACAGCUACACGUCAGUCAUGGUUGGGGGAGAGCUCUAUUCUGGGACAUCGUAUAAUUUCUUGGGCAGUGAACCCAUCAUCUCUCGAAACUCUUCCUCCAGUCCCCUGAGGACAGAGUAUGCCAUCCCCUGGCUGAAUGAGCCUAGCUUCGUCUUUGCUGAUGUGAUCCAGAAAAGCCCAGAUGGUACAGAGGGUGACGAUGACAAGGUCUACUUCUUCUUCACGGAGGUGUCUGUGGAGUACGAGUUCGUUUUCAAGUUAAUGAUCCCACGAGUCGCCAGGGUGUGCAAGGGGGACCAGGGCGGCCUUCGGACUUUGCAAAAGAAGUGGACCUCCUUCCUAAAGGCCAGGCUGAUCUGCUCCAGGCCAGACAGUGGCCUGGUCUUCAACAUACUGCAGGAUGUCUUCGUGCUGCGGGCCCCAGACCUCAAGGAGCCUGUGUUCUACGCAGUCUUCACCCCACAGUUGAACAAUGUGGGUCUGUCAGCAGUUUGUGCCUAUACCCUGGCCACGGUGGAGGCAGUCUUCUCCCGUGGAAAGUACAUGCAGAGUGCCACGGUGGAGCAAUCUCACACCAAGUGGGUGCGCUACAAUGGCCCAGUGCCCAGUCCCCGGCCUGGAGCGUGCGUCGACAGUGAGGCUCGGGCAGCCAACUACACCAGCUCUUUGAAUCUCCCAGACAAAACGCUGCAGUUCGUGAAAGACCACCCUUUGAUGGACGACUCGGUGACCCCGAUAGACAACAGGCCCAAGCUAAUCAAAAAGGAUGUAAACUACACCCAGAUAGUGGUAGACAGGACUCAGGCCCUGGAUGGGACCUUCUACGACGUCAUGUUUAUCAGCACAGACCGGGGAGCUCUGCAUAAAGCUGUUAUCCUUGGAAAAGAGGUGCACGUGGUCGAGGAGACCCAGCUCUUCCAGGACUCUGAGCCGGUCCAAACUCUGCUGCUGUCAUCAAAGAAGGGGAGGAGGUUUGUCUAUGCUGGCUCCAACUCGGGAGUGGUCCAGGCUCCCCUGGCCUUCUGUGGAAAGCACGGUAGCUGUGAGGAUUGCGUCCUGGCACGGGACCCCUACUGCGCCUGGAGCCCAGCCUCCAAGGCCUGUGUUUUGCACCAGGCAGUGGGCUCCAACAGGGGCUUGAUUCAGGAGAUGAGUGGCGACACAUCCUCGUGCCUGGAUAAGAGUAAAGAAAGUUCCCAUCAACACUCUCUCAAGCACGGUGGCACAGCUGAACUCAAAUGCUUCCAAAAAUCCAACCUGGCCCGGGUGGUGUGGAAGUUCCAGAACGGCGAGUUGAAGGCUGUGAGUCCCAAGUAUGGCUUUGUGGGCAGGAAGCACCUGCUCAUCUUCAACCUGUCGGAGGGAGACAGUGGUGUGUACCAGUGCCUGUCUGAGGAAAGGGUGAGGAACAAGACAGUCUCCCAGCUGCUUGCCAAGCACGUCCUGGAAGUGAAGGUGGUACUUCAGACCCCCACGUCACCUGCCUCCCAGGCUGCUCAGACAGAAGGUAGUAGGAUCACUUCCAAAAUGCCGGUGGCAUCUACCCAGGGGUCCUCUCCCCCUACCCCGGCUCUGUGGGCAACCUCCCCCAGGGCCGCUACCCUACCUCCCAAGUCCUCCUCCACCGGCACAUCCUGUGAACCAAAGAUGGUCAUCAACACGGUCCCCCAGCUUCACGCAGAGAAGACGGUGUAUCUCAAGUCCAGUGACAACCGCCUGCUCAUGUCGCUCCUACUUUUCAUCUUCAUCCUCUUCCUCUGCCUCUUUUCCUACAACUGCUACAAAGGCUACCUGCCCGGACAGUGCUUAAAAUUCCGCUCAGCCCUGCUGCUUGGGAAGAAGAAGCCCAAGUCAGACUUCUCUGACCUGGAGCAGAGUGUGAAGGAGACGCUGGUGGAGCCUGGGAGCUUCUCACAGCAGAAUGGAGACCAGCCCAAGCCAGCCCUGGACACCGGCUAUGAAACCGAGCAGGACACCAUCACCAGCAAAGUGCCCACAGAUCGCGAGGACUCCCAACGGAUCGAUGAACUCUCUGCCAGGGACAAACCGUUUGAUGUCAAGUGUGAACUGAAGUUUGCAGAUUCGGAUGCUGACGGGGACUGAGGACAGCGCGUCCCAGCCCGUAUCCCGCAGUCUUCGUGGAGAGUGUUGUGUUGAGCCGUUCAGUAGCCGAGUCUUGUCAUCGUGUGCCAGCCUCAGUCCUUUGUCUCUUUUCUCUUGGGUUGAGUCUGUGACUUGUCCCUCUUUGUCCUUUGGGAAACAAAUAUCUAUUCCAGUCUCAAGUCCUGCAGUCGUCGGAGUGCUUAUUUAAGAUGUACCUGAGCCCUUUGUGUCCUGGGGGAGAGAUGGCCACCUCUGUGGGCUGAGAAGAAUGACCCUUCCUCCUCCCCUUCUCAAAGCAGCCACUAAAAGAUAAUUUAAUUCCAGAUUGGAAAUGACCUUUUAGUUUAUCAGAUUGGUAACGUAUCACCUGCUGUCCAGAUGGGCGCGGACUCUUUCUUUCACGUAAUUUUUUUUUAGGAUUUUUGCUCUGGUUAUGUUGAUGUCUUAGGCCACUUUUUUUUUUUUUUUUUAAAUUACCGAAGGAGAUGUUUUAAUAUUCAUGAGAAGAUGAGCAUUUUCUAGAUUUUUGUUAUAUAUUGAGAUAAAAUAUGGCUUAUGUCGCUUAAGAUUCUCAGGGAUAGACUUAUUUUUGCUAAAUGCAUUCUUUCCUGCUGUUAGGAAUGUAGGCCUAAAACUGUCUCUUGAACUCACUCACCCUUUUAUUUUGGUGGGUUUUGUUGUUGUUGGUUUUGUCUUUUAAUCUCACUCAUUUUGAAGGAAGUACCGGUUUCCAAGACUUUCUUUCUGUGCUUUUUUUUCUUUUUCCUGCCAUACAUCUACAAGGUGGGUUUUGAGUGAGGGCAGGUGGCCCAGUGGCUCCGGGUGGCAAUUGAGCUGGUCCUGUGAGGGGAGGGGGGUUUAUACCCCGGUGGCCCUGCUGCUUCUUGGAACCUGCUGCCCUGAGGGAUGGCGCCUUCAUGAGGACAACUUUGGUUCUUGAUCACUUCCUGUCUCUCCUUGAUUCCAUCUCACAUCACUGCCCUCGGACUUCCGCCUUGAUGGUCCACGCAAGACAGAAAUGGGUUGUGUAGUUGGGCUCCCAGCCUCGGGACAGUGACCACAAACGUCCCGUGUGGGCGGCCGCUGCUGCUGCUGCUGCAGCCUGACCUCUGCCGGUGUCUUUCGGGAUGUUAAUGGGUGGUACGAUUCUAACAUUUGUUUCUCGCUUAUUGUGUGUGGAACGCUCAUUCCAUGUAGAGAGUGAUGAACUCUGGAUUCCCUGUGCUGUGUAGACACCCAUCUUCAGCAUGACAUGAUCUCACCAUUCGGUGUAAACAUUUGUGUUUAUAAGAUUUACUUUGUUUUUAUUUUUCUACUUUGAACUGUAUACAUUUGAAAAGUACCCAAAUAAACCAGAAGCUUUAUCAUUGAC